ACUAGCUUUGUCUUCAUUCGCCGUCAUCUGCUGGUUUUUUGGUUAGAAAGUAAACUUUAGCGGCAAAUAAAUUUGACAGAUUAAACUAUUAAAGUAUAAACUAAUCCAUUUAUGUGAAGUUUUUACACCAUACAUCGGGAAAAAACUCACAGUUCAAUGGCCUCAAACACUUUUGGUCAAAAAAAUUUCACACCUACCGGACCUUUGAAAGGGAGCUUUCCUCUGGAUCAUGAAGGCGAGUGCAAAAUAAACAUGUUGCGAUACAUGAUUUGCCUGCGAGAAAACAGUAAUCAAAGUAGUGAGUGUCGUCAGCUAUCAAAAGAGUAUCUUGACUGCCGUAUGCAGAAACAGCUGAUGGUCAGGGAAGAGUGGACUAAGUUAGGAUUCGGUGACAUCAGUGAAGAGAAUAAGCAAUAAACAUGAAGGUGUUGAUUGGUUGCACAGGAAGUGUUGCUACAAUCAAACUUAGCGAACUAGUGGAUCAGCUGAAAAACAGUAACUUUGAAGUGCAGGUUGUUGCUACAGAAUGUGCAAAGCAUUUCUUGUCGAGACAAACCAUCAAUUGCAAAGUUUGGGUUGAUGACGAUGAAUGGAACUUGUGGAAAGAAAGAGGAGACCCAGUUCUCCAUAUUGAUCUUAGAAAAUGGGCUGAUAUAUUAGUAGUAGCACCACUAGAUGCCAAUAGCCUUGCAAAAAUUGCUCAAGGUAUAUGUGACAACCUUCUGACUUGUACAGUGCGAGCAUGGGACUUGAAAAAGCCCCUGUUGUUCUGCCCAGCAAUGAACACAUAUAUGUGGAAUCACCCACUUACAGCAGAGCACAUACUUAAACUGAAAUCAUUUGGCUACAUUGAAAUACCUUGUGUAUCCAAAACCUUGGUGUGUGGUGACUCAGGAGUAGGUGCCAUGGCAGAAGUAAAGACAAUAGUUGAUGAAGUGUUAAAUAUGUCUCAAAAAUUGGCUUAAUAAUACAGCAGUAUGAAAUCUAAA